CUGAAAUCCUGCAUUCGGGUGGAAUGUGCUUGUUCGUUUUCAAAGCGCUUCCUGAAGUCCAUACGUUGGACAUCAUGCCCUUAUUCUACGCCACUGGCCUUGUUCCCGCUUUACUGUUGCUAACUCUUCACAUCAAAGCCUACAGACAGUCCCAAGAAAAGAAGUUUCGCGACGUUUUGCUUGACACAUUGGUGGUGUUAAUUCAUUUAGGAUGCGUAGUGUUUAUUUGCGUGCGUUGGGACUGGAAUUCCCAAAGCCUUCGCAACUUUGUACCAUCCAGUGAUCUCACUCUACCGAUCUCAAUCCUGCUAAUUUCAUUCGGUUGGUGGGAAAACUUCGUCAAUACUGAUGCAAAUAAUUACAUUUCAACACCCAUCAAGAACUUUAAAACAGAAAUGAGAAGACACAGGUCGCUUAUUUAUUCCUACGUUAUGUUUCUUAAGAUGAUUGCUACGUUGUGUUUUACACUAGGUAUAUUGUACUGGAACGGAUUUUCCGUAGAAGAUAUUAAGAGAUUUUUCACCGCAGAUCAAUAUGUUCAUGAAAUAGAGAGGAUGGCCUUAAUAAGCGUUGGUUGUAUUCUAGGUUUUGCUGCGUUGCUAUCUUACAUAUCCGUAUUCUUAACAUGUACAAUGGGGAUUCCUAGGUUCGGCUUUGUCUGUGUUAUGAUAUCUAUGGUUCUGUCCGCUUUAGUUGUAUUCAUACCUCUGUGCAGUGAAGAGGCAUUGGCUUUUAUUGAGAGAUACACGCCUGACCAGGCACUAGAGGGGGUCCUACGUAGAUGGCUGGUGGGCGGCCUAUCGCCCAAUUGUGAUCCCAACAAUCCCGAUCAUCUUUGGGCUCAGAUUGGACUGUAUAUCGGCCUUUUGCUCUCUCAUCUUCUUCUGAAUAGACAUGUGUGGAAUUCUCUGGGGAAAACUGCCAUACCCUCCCUGAAGUGGAUAUUCAUCCAGCCUUUAUACUGCGGUAUUCUCCUAGAGCAGUCGUUCAUGUUUCGCCGACGACUGCCAAAAGAUGUCGAUGUUGUUGCAGAAGAUGUUGAUCCCACCGAGGAUGUUGCUCAGAUCCCUUUCUGUAAUGAUACCAAGAAAAAGAAACCAAUGGUAUACGCUUGUGGUACCAUGUGGCAUGAAUCGGAGACUGAAAUGAGACAAAUGCUUGCCAGCAUUAUAAGACUUGAUAGCGCUGUCGAAAAGGAGGAUUCGAUCUUCGACUAUGAGACACACAUAAUGUUCGACGAUGCUUUCACGUCCAGUACUAAAACCGAGUACGAACAACCUGUCAGCUCCAAAAAAGCUGCAACCGAUCCACGGAUUCAAACUCACGAAACUAAAGAUGGUGUCAAAAACAACCCCUGGAAUCAAAAGAUUGUCAACAACUACGUGCAUAAUUUUUUUAGAAUAAUACUUGAGGACGUAUUAAGAAAGGAUGUUGAUCACGUGAUCGUACAAGGGGUCAUUCGUCGGGGAUUCGAAGAAGCACUGCGAUCUUCAAAUACAGAACAUAGUCAAUUAGAAGCAAAAGCACCUGCGACUGAAACAAAUGUUGAGUGUAAACAGACUUGCAAAGGUAAGGGAUCGGCAAAAAAAAGCAGCAUCUCGGGCACACAAGCUUCUUCGCCUGUUAAUGCAAACGACAAGACGCACAACCCAUCGACUGGCCUUCAUGGAUCCAGCAACCCGCAACCGCGAUCUUCAGAUGUAGAACACAAUCGAAUCCAAACCAAACCAAAUACAUCUGCUCCUGUAACAAAUGGUGGGCAUGAAGAAGCUUGCGAAGAUAUAGACCGUAUUUGGGUUAUCAGGACGCCGUAUGGUGGUAGAAUUGAAAUAAAGAUGGAAAAUACUACCUUGUAUGUCCAUUUAAAGGAUAAAGAUAAAAUUCGACACAGAAAAAGAUGGAGCCAGGUCAUGUACAUGUACUACCUCUUGCUGUAUAACACAAAAAAAAGCCAGAUAAAAAACAAAGAUGAUAAUAUUGACCUGGACAACGUAUAUUUGCUGGCUCUGGACGGAGAUGUUGAUUUCCACGCAGAUGCUUUGACCAGCUUGGUGAAAGAGAUGGCGUCAGACAAGAAACUGGGAGCUGCCUGUGGACGAAUUCAUCCAAUCGGCAGCGGACCUAUGGUAUGGUACCAGAAGUUUGAGUACGCCAUUGGCCACUGGUUACAGAAGAGCGCGGAACAUGUUCUUGGAUGCGUUCUCUGCAGUCCUGGCUGUUUUAGUUUGUUUCGAGGAAAGGCAGUGAUGGAAGUGAUAGACAUCUACUCCAAUCGACCCACAAAAGCAAUCGACUAUCUACAAUUUGAUCAAGGAGAAGAUCGUUGGUUGUGUACCCUCUUGCUUCAAAACGGCCGGAGCAUAAAAUACUGUGCGGCCUCUGAUGCUUGGACCUAUGCGCCGGAAACCUUCUCAGAAUUCUACAACCAACGGCGACGCUGGAGUGUGUCAACCAUUGCCAACUUGUACGACUUGAUAUCAAACGGCUGGCAAACGUCCACAAUAAACGAUAACAUAUCGUUUGGUUUUAUCGUGUACCAAGCUCUUCUUCUAGUAUCAUCUUUGCUUGGCCCUGCAACAGUUCUAAUGGCAAUUUCAACCUCUAUUACUACCCUGCUGAUACCAAGCCUGAGCAAUGACACUGCAGGAUCAUUUGUAGCAAACGGAAUCAUCAUCCUCCCGAUUAUAUUUUACAUCUGGGUCUCGUUCACACAAACAAAAAAUGUACAGCUGAAAGUAGCAACGAUUCUCAGCGGCAUUUAUGCACUUCUCAUGAUAGCCACACUCGUUGGGAUAAUAGUUGAAGUAGGUACAAACAUUGGGAGUAUGUCAUCCAUUAUCUUUUUGACCCUGGUAGCAGUUUUUGUUACAACGGCACUUCUACACCCAAAAGAGCUAUACUGUGUUUUGUACGGCCUUUUUUACUUCAUAGCCGUCCCAUCCAUGUACGUGUUUUUAGCAAUUUAUUCACUUUCCAAUCUCAACGACGUGUCAUGGGGAACAAGAGAAGCCCCAAAGCAUGUGCAUGAUAAUGAAGGAGACAGUACUGCUAGGAAAGUUACUAAAGGCAGUGAAGAUGAAUUUAACUGCGGUUCGUUUUUUGGCUGUAUAUGUCGAAGAAAAAACGACGAAAGCCACAACAAAAACAUUACCCAAAGGGAAAGUUUAUUUUUGCCACUGCAAGAACGGCGCGUUACUGAGGGAGAUGAAGAGUGCCCAAAAUCUUCAGGUCCUACAACUGCCAUGACAGUAGAUAAACAGAUGCUUUCAGGGGCUAGUAACUCGAAUAUGGCGGCAAAUCCCCAAGAACUAAGUGGGUCAAAGAUAAAAAAGAAUGAAAACAAUACAGUGAUAGAACAACAAAAUAAUGAGCAAGCUCCGACUGAAAUAAAAAACGAAAACAAUCAAUGUGAAUCAAACAAAAGUGCAGUUUCACAAAAUGUUUUGCAACUUGAAACACCCAAAGCAACGGGACCGGCGGCAACUUCCCAAAACAGCAGUACAACGGAGGAACAACAAAAUGGCUGCGAUCCCACCAACAAUGAAAACAAACAUGCACUACAAAGAUGGACACGAAUCCGUGGAUUGCUAUUCGAGGAUUACACCUGGACCAGUGCCUUCAAUAAGUAUAACUGGGAAAAAGAAGCCAUAAAAACAUUUAACUUACAAGAGCAAAACAAUUACGAGAACACUUUCUGGAUGCAUCUGAUAAAAUUCCGUCUUGAACCAAUAGACAAAAACGCAGAUGAAGAAAUACUGAAGAAAGAUUUGAAAACACUACGCAACAAUUCCAUGAUAUUUGUUCUCUUCUGCAACGCUGUCUGGAUAACUUUUACGAUCCUCGUCCAAAAUCAAACUGAUAUAUUUAUUCGUUGGCAUGACCACAACGGCUACGAACAGAAAUCGGAUAUCUUGAGCCUUUUGUUUCUCAGUUUAUUCAUUCUGGUGACAAUCAUACAGUUUAUUUGUAUGCUUUGGCACCGGUUUUGGACUCUUAUCCUGUACAUUGCGACAGCAGCGUCUUCGUUGAAAUUUGGCAAGAACAGAGUUCACCCUUUUAAUAAUAGUGGUGAUAAUGCUGGUUCAGGAACCUCUGAAAAUAGAAACGGUGACUGUGAAACUGAUAGCGUGGAUAACAAUGUUGGAGUGGAGAAUGGAAGAGCGAUACCUCCUUCUGCAGGUGAUUCUGAGACUAGGCAGGUCAUCGAUGAGGCGUCGCCUUCAUUCUGUAAUACAUCUGACAAGAAAGAUGCUUCGUUGCUUGACUUCCCACUUCACGCUGAAACCUCGCAUUCAGGUGCAACACAUCCGACCUACGGAACAAACCCGAUAAAGUCACUGCAACCCAAAGAUCCGAACAACACAGCUUCUGAGUUGGCCGCAAAUGACAAGUCGGCGCCCCAAACUUCACAGAACGUUUCAGAUCCCGUGAAACCAUUACCGCCAUUACGAGUUGUUUAUAACAUGGCACCGAUUAAACAGCAGAGUGAUGUUCAACAAACUGGGAUUAAGCACGUGAACCAUGUCAAUGAACUUACUGAGGUGGAGGAAAACAUUUUAAGCUCUAGGGAUCUUGCUGCUAAAACCAAUCCAGAGGAAAGUAACUCGACCAUGUCAGGUUUGCCUGCUCACGGGAAAAGAAUGUCUCCAGGCACAAAUCAGCAAUCAGCAACUAACGUUCUGUUCGUUGAAGUAGAAGGCGGAGGCGCACCUUCUGGCAUUUUAAAGCCUGAUGACAUUCCCCAAAACUCAGUGCCAAAUAAUGUUGACUACUCCAACCAAACUAAUCAAGUAAAUGCUCCAGAUAAUCUGAAAGAUGCAGGCACUGCAGACGACACCACUUCAAUAGAAUCCUUAUCCGUACCAGGUGUAUCCGUAGAUCCGAACAGCACGGUACCUUUGUUGGAUGCAAACAACAAAGCUUCGAAAAAUGUGAAGCCUUACCAUCCUCCCUCAAAAACCUUGUUUCACAAUUUUGACUACGCUGUCGAGGCGGAUGCAGCGCCAGUAAAUGCUUCAUAUGAUCUAAAAGAUGCGGGCUCGGCACAUCCGACGCACGACACCACUCUGAUAGAACCCUUACCCCAAGCCUUGCCUGUAGAGCCGAACACCACGGCAUCUUGGUCAGACGCAGAUGGAGAGCCAGCACCUCAUCAUCCUAAACCCCGCCUUUCAUCACUCAGCACUCCACUACAAGAACGUCGCGUUGCUGAGGGGGAGGACGAGUUCCCCAGUUCCACAGGCCCUACAUCUGACAUGCAUUCACGGGUUAGUGACACGAAUAUACAGGAACCGACGGCAACUCACCAAACUGCAAGUGAACAAAAAUCCAAAAAUAAAAAAAAAAAGAAGAAAAACAAAAAUAUAACAAUCGAACAACAAAAUUGCCGUGAUCCCUCCUGUGACCAAGUUCCCGCAGAAAUAAUAACGAAAACAAUGAAUUUCAAUUGAGUGGUCAUACAACUCCACAGACUUUUAACUAAACACUUUAAUACCGUUUUAUUCACUUUUAUAAACUUAUUAUUUCCAAUAAGGGUUUGGUUAUUUCCAUAGACUAGUCAUCCGGGAGAGAUCAACCUUGAGUAGAAGCAAGGUAAUAAAGACUUAGCGCACGAAUAACGUAGUCACGCUAGAAGCAUUGUCAUAAUCGAAGUUUGUAAAAAUGUUUUAACUUACACUAUGUGUACAUUUACCUUUAAGACCAUACAAUACAAGCAAUGCGUGUAUAUCUUUCCUAGCAUUGAUGUGGGAGGAGAACAACCCAUUUACAUAGACGGAUACACAACUUUCCACUGGCUGCUCUGGGGUACAUGCAUAACAAAACCCAUUGUAUAUUGAGAAUAUCUUGAUAUUAAGUAGAUUUGUAAUAUAAUAUAUGAUAGUUUGGGACAAUAGCUGGACUUAACCUUUCAUUAUGUAAAGGAUAGACCCACUUCCCACCCUUGAUUUACUGAUUCAUUCAUGAAACUUUUUAAACUAGCGAUUACAGUGACUUUGUUCAAUAGGCCUAUAUAUAUGGUUUAUUGCAUAAAGUAGUGUGUGUGUGUGUGUGUGUGUGUGUGUGUGUGUGUUUACAAUGCACUUCCUCACACGAAAUGUCACGAUCAGAGGCCCAAGGCAGUGUCAGGUCUAGGGCCAGAUAUGGACGGUGUGUAUAUCGCCCAGGACUAGUUCUAUAGAUCUCAAAACUGACAACAAAGAUGUUUUCAUGUAUUAUUGCUUUUAAACACCAGUUUCUGAUAGCAGAUUUAGACGCAAUGUUUGUUACAUUUAAAUCAUCACAAAAGUACUUUGACUUAGACGUUAUUAAGCACAUGACCCCAACUGUUUUUAGCAACGGUUAUCACCUCAUUUUCUAUAACAACAUGUGUGUUGAACAAGAUGAAUAUGGACCUUAUAUAUAGGAUUGUGCUAUGUAAAUUAUAAGUGCGCAAUGACUUGUAGUACAUGUAAAUUAGGUACUCCGCGCAGAGUAGUAUAAUUAGUCUAUGUAUUCAGCAGGGGAAGCAUUAAGGAUAUUGCCUUUAUGUUUAGUUGUUUUUUUUCUUGUGUGCACAAAAGCGAUAAUCUACUACUUUAAAGAGACAAUAUGUAAUGCUUUACUCAAACUUAAGUACAUAAACUAGUUUUUGCCAAACAAGUGUUAUUUUUAUUCCUUUUUUUACCAAAUACAUGUACAUGUCAUGAAUUACUGUCACCAAAUUUUUUUUGAUUUAUGGGCCCUGACAAAUUGUAAUUGUAAGAGUGUAAAAUUAAAAGGUGGGUUAGUAAUAAAAAAUAUAUAUAGUUCAACUUAUUUGCAAGAAAAACCAAACCCCACGCCGUGAUAACGCCAGAGUCCAUGAUUGUUCUUAAGAUAAAUACUCUGUAUAUACUCUGUAGCUCUAGGACUUUGCAAAUACAGUUGGUUGUUCUUUUCAUAAUGAAAAGGCGAGUUAAUACAGCAAACUACACAUUAAUUGUAUUUUUGAUUUUACAACCAAACCCAAUAUAGAGGCGCAUAUGAAGUCACAGGCAUGCUUUUAAUAUGCUUGGUGCACAUUACAGACUAUGUUUGAUUAUUUUAGGGUCCCACAUGAAGAAGUUGCAUCAUAGUAUCACUCUCCUGGAAC